AGGGGUUUACCUUGAAGUUGAUUUGCAAAAAAAACAAACUCGAACGAAAAGUGUGAACUAAACUGAGGCUGCUACUACCGGGGCUAAUUACCCCAAGGUCUUUGUGCGCUCCCGGAGCGGCAACAGUGCGGCGGGUUCUGCACCAUACCCCACGCAGUACCUGUUAGUAAAUUCGUCUGCGAAAGUACAACGACCUCAAAAGUGACAAUCAACAGGCCAGCUUUCAUCACGCACCAAAACACGUGAAAUCACCACGAUAAAAGGGUUUCCCUAGGAGCCAGAGAAUGAAUACCAUGGAACUCCAAACGAUCAACCAAUGCCAGCGCACCGUCACAGAUGUUCGAACUUCACGAAGGUCGAAAAUGACUCUUCCUGCCAUAAUGUUCCCGCCUUGUCGCUACCGCUCAGUCCCUGCAAUGGAUUGAGACCAGAAAUAGCCUUCCCUUACGCCUCCACCGUCCGCUCGUCUAUCAGCAGCAGCCGAAGUAGAAGCAGAUGCAACAUAUGCGUUUUAAUUGGAUACCCAUCUAUUUAUGUGUGUCGAUGUAUGCUGUCGUGUAUGCUUAUUUUCGUCCGAGACCGUCUGGAAUGUAUGGAUUUAGGGUGGAUAGGCAUUUCUGUUUACCAUAACGGCAUGCAACUCAUCGCCAAACUGGAGGAAAUCGCCCAUUGGAGGCUAUAGGUAUUAAACCACGAUUAAAACACAUUCUAUGUGUUCUCUUCUAAUCUGUAUUGUAGUACGGCAGCGCCCCGCCAAAUACGCUAUUCGAUCUGAGUCAGCACGAACGAGUUGCUCCUUCUGAGUCUCCCACGGGAUCUAUACUACAUCCUAGCCUCCCAAUGAUUACAGAUUCUUGAAGCGCAACAACGACGACGACACGACGCACAGAUGCCGAAAGUGCGGCAGUUCGCGUAAUCCGUUAUAAAUAGUCAGCUGUAGCAACGCGUUCGAAGGUACGGGUGUUGAACAACUCUCUCGGGCUAAAUCCUACGACUCAGACGGAUUAGUGAACUGUGCCACCAGCAGUGCCGCUAACCACCAAGAACAACCAGUGCAGCGAGCGUCUCCCUUACCUUCAAUACACCAGAAAUCGUUCAAUCAACCACUUUCUUCUUCCGGCGGAGGAGAGGACUGCCUGGUAUUUGGCAAUCGUCGUCACGCACCGGCUACGCUACCGGCAGUGAUACCACUCUUCGGUGGUACGAUGUCCGGCACGACGGGAAAACGUAAGGAGAUCUACAAAUACCUGGCUCCAUGGCCGCUGUACUCGAUGAACUGGUCGGUGCGACCGGACAAGCGCUUCCGGCUUGCAUUGGGCAGCUUCGUGGAGGAGUACAACAACAAGGUGCAAAUCAUCAGUCUAGAUGAGGAUACCAGCGAGUUCAGCGCGAAAAGUACUUUCGACCAUCCCUAUCCGACAACGAAGAUAAUGUGGAUCCCAGACUCGAAGGGUGUGUAUCCGGAUCUGCUUGCAACGAGCGGCGACUACCUGCGCUUGUGGCGUGCCGGUGAACCAGAUACGCGCCUCGAGUGUGUUCUGAACAACAAUAAAAACAGUGACUUCUGUGCCCCGCUCACUUCGUUCGAUUGGAACGAGGUCGACCUGAACCUAGUCGGCACAUCUUCGAUCGAUACGACCUGCACGAUCUGGGGCCUCGAGACAGGACAACCGCUCGGUCGAGUCAACUUGGUGUCCGGUCACGUUAAGACGCAAUUGAUCGCGCACGACAAGGAGGUUUACGAUAUCGCGUUUUCGCGAGCCGGCGGUGGUCGGGAUAUGUUCGCCUCAGUCGGUGCCGAUGGAAGCGUUCGGAUGUUCGAUUUGCGCCACCUAGAACACUCGACCAUCAUUUACGAAGAUCCGGCCCAUACGCCACUGCUACGGUUGGCCUGGAACAAACAGGACCCGAACUAUCUGGCCACGGUGGCAAUGGACAGCUGCGAGGUGAUCAUACUAGACGUGCGAGUGCCCUGUACGCCGGUCGCCCGCCUCAGCAACCACCGGGCGUGCGUGAACGGGAUCGCGUGGGCACCGCACAGCUCCUGCCAUAUCUGCACGGCUGGAGACGACCACCAGGCACUGAUCUGGGACAUCCAGCAGAUGCCGCGCCCAAUUGAGGAUCCGAUUCUCGCAUACACAGCAGCCGAAGGCGAGGUCAACCAGAUCCAGUGGGGCGCUACGCAACCCGACUGGAUAGCGAUUUGCUACAAAACAGCAUGCGAGAUACUACGCGUCUAAGCCUGCGAGUGUCCUGAGUGUGGUGAGUAUAAAAGCUGUGGGUACAGCACUUAGACAGACACAUGUGUUUGCGUUUCCAACAAUAUUUGGUAUUUGGUUUUUCAAAAGUGUUCGGCAAAUAAAAUGCAUCCAUUUUUGAUCGCACGAUUCUUUUGUAAAACAUAGAAACGAAAACUCAUGCGCUUGCGCGAGAGCUGUAGCCGCAGUUUAAGGGGGGCUUCGGUAUUUAAUUUUAUUUCUUCGCAUUUACUUUUUACAAUUUUUUAUGAUUGCUUAUCUUUUCAAAAUUAUUGUAUAAAAUUUUGGGAUCAACCGAAGAAAAACUGACAAAGAUAUUGAUUUUUGAAAAUCCGCCUUUCAUACAAGGCUCAAAGCAUCUCGCUACUUUGAAUCGCGAUUCCCAAAACAUACGUUUUCAAAGUCCGUGCCCAUCAUAGCAUCAAAACUACUGGAGCGAUCGAUUUGAACAUUUGAGCAUAUAAUCUGUACACUAUUUUCCAAGUAGCCCCGUCGAGAAUUUAUAAAAAAUGUUGAUACUUUUUUUUUAAAUAUUUUUUUUAAUUAUGUAAAGUGUCGUUUUUGAGGCAAUAUCGAAAAAAGCAUCACUUUUUCAACUUCAAAAAUGUGCCAAAAAUCGAAAAAUGGGAAAUUUAACAAAAACUCGACGGGGCCACCUGGAUAAACUUAUAAUCUAACAAAAGAAUAUUCAUUUGUGUGUUUCUGAUAACCCAGCACGUGGCUACGAUGGGCACCGCAAAAAGUACAUUUUUGCAAACUUGGCUUUCUAGAUUGCAUGCCAUGAACGUAGUUGCGAAUAAAUCUUCCCCAAAAUAGAACCAAAUAUUCUUGAAAAGUUGUAGAUCAAUAUGUGCUUAUUUUGAAAAAUUAAAGUUGAUUUGUUCCUUCACUACAAAUCGUCAAAAAUAAGCCCUUUUUUGACCCGAAAUAACCAAAGCCCCCCCUUAAGUCACUAAAACUAAUAACAUUAUGUCGGUCUUCAAUAUGAUGAAUGCUACCCAUAUCCGUGUGUACCACUCGUCUGAGCAUCCAGCGGGCACAGGGCGCGAUUUUUUAUUUAUCUGCUGGUUUUGUGCUAGCUGAUCUGGCAGUCACGAUUCGCGAUCAAAUCGCAUAUGUUUCAUAUUUUGUUUAACGGUUUGAAUUUCUAACUGUAAAAAACUUAUUUUUUAAAAACAUACAUGAGAACGGGCGAGCCGUACGUUAAUUGUCUUUUUCAAUGUACUUGUCUUUUAAAAGAUAUAGCCAUUAAUCACAUUUGACAUUUAUACAAUCAAUUGCACACAUGCUUAUCUGUUCGAUAACGUAUACGUAUUCGUUUGCAACGAUGCUGUCCAAUUUCUGUUCCUAGCCAUCACUUGGGACGAGUUAGAAGUAGUGGCCAGCAGAACGUCCCGCGUCCCGCGCUGGCCGUCAUAUGAAUUCGUUUUUAAUGCUUGUAACUUGCGUACCUUUAUGUCACUUUUUAGCCCAAUUUUUAAUUUAAUUUAAAAAAAGCAAAGUAAACAAAUGAAAUGUAUGAUGCUGGCGUAAACUUUCCAUAGCUUAGUAAAACUGAGAGAUAGUUCUACCUCCUACUUUCGUUUAUAGAGCGGCCUAGGAAAGCUUGUUCUGUUUAGUUUUUGUGUGUUUACUUUGUUUAGAAUUUUGCAUUUCAUUUGCGAUUAUAUAUAACCAUAACAUAUAGAUUAAUACAUAGUUCAUAGAUUUUUCUACCAACUCGCAAACAGCACCUAGUCCCGGUGGGUGGAUUCUCAUGUGGCUCGAAGCAGCAGGAUUACCGUGACAAUGGCUGAAUGCAUCUCUCCCAUAAACGAUAGCUCAGUAUGAUUGAUGCACUAUAGGGCAAGAUAUACGUAAACCAAAACCCACGCACAACCUUUCUAGGCACCCAUCCUUUCCCCAUCAGCCUCCCCUGCCCACACACAAAUAAAAGACUGCGUAAGAUGAGAUGCGAGGUGCUUCUGGCCAAUCUAUAGCUCCAUCUCCAGAAGCCUCCAGAACAUAUGGCUAAGCCUAGUGUGUGAAUGCGGCAAUUGAUGCGAAAUACGUGUCCAAACUCAUAGCAAUGAUUAUAGCUAUAAUAUUUAAGUCGUACUAUUAUUAGCUGCCUAUAUGCUAUAAGAUAUUUAAAUACAGCCGUGACCCUUGACGUGCUGCGAACGAUUCGCACACAGUGCAAGCAGAUACAGCUCAGCCAGGUACACGGUUAUGCUGCUGUUGCACCUUUGAAAGUCUUUCAUCAGGAGCAGUUGGUCGCAUUCAAAGUUCAUGUUUUCCGUAAGCGCAUAGAGUCAAAGGCUGAACUGACAGAAUACGUCCGGGAUGCAAAAGGUAAAAUUUAUCGGAAACGCGAAAUAGCCGGCGGCGGUUUUGUAGGAGCGAUUGUAACUAUUUUGUUUAAUUUAAUUAUGUAAUACGAAAGUAAUUGAAUUAUGUAACUACCCCAUACGUUAUUCAUCUGUUAAAACAAAUACAAGUAUAUGAGAUAGCGACCAAGUGUGGCGCAUGCUACAAUUUGCUUAGCCGGAUCGGUUAGACUUUUUAGUAGCGAUACCUCUACUUGCUUACUAGCAGUGCUUUAUUACACAAUACAUUUAUUUUAAUCACCAAGCUGAUCACAAUCUAGCUACACGAGAUAUUCCAAUUUAGCCAACACAAGCAAACAAGCAAAAACACUCUUACUCACAGCUAUAAGGAGUAGAAAGGAGGGGAGAGCUGAUGAGAAGGGGCAGGUUGGUUCACAAAGAUACCAACCAUAUCUAACUCUAAAUCAUCAUUCAAACACACAUAAACACCCCCAUGCAAGAAAUUCAACAGCCAGAUCCAGGGCUGAACCGCAGCGCACAAAACAAGAUGCCUGUUAGUAGUUGAUCGAAACAAACGAGAACCAUAUGAAACAUAUGAAACAUAUUAUUACGGGGUAGGGAUGGAGCGGAAUCGGUAAAUAGAAUAAAGGAUUUCUCUUGGUACAUAACA